UGUGAAACUUGAUCAAUUCAAUUCAAUCAAUCGAAACGAUAAAUUCAAUUAAAAUUAGCAAUAACUUCGUGUUAAUAAACGUAUAAAAACUAAAUUUCAAAUCAAGUGAAGAAAAUGAGUUUGAACAAAACGAUCAUAGUGAUAGUAAUUGCUGCGUUGGUGAUGCAGUCAAAAAGUUCGAUGCCUGAUAAUUCUGACAAUUGCUUGUGUACACGUGAAUAUAAUCCCAUUUGUGCUUCGGAUGGUAUAACUUAUUCGAAUAAAUGCCUUUUCGAAUGUGAGAAAAAACAAAAACGCAACUUGGAAAUCCGCGAACACGGUACAUGUGAUGAAGCCAGUAUUUCACCAGUUAAAGAAAGCGCUUGUGUUUGUACACUGAACAUCUCUCCUGUUUGUGGUAGCGAUGGAAAAACCUAUCCAAAUAAAUGUUCGUUAAAUUGUGCACAACGUGAGCUCCGUGGUCUGACAUUGAAACAUCAAGGAAAAUGCUCAAAAGAUCUUCCAAUUAACAAUGAAGUAAUUGAAAUGGAUUCCGUGAUUGAACAAUGCGCAUGUCCUCUUAUUUUAUCUCCGGUUUGUGGCUCAGAUGAAAAAACCUACUCAAAUCAAUGUGAGUUUGAUUGCGAGAAGAAAAUCACUAGAAAUUUGAAAAUAAAACACAAUGGAGAAUGCGAAAAGGCAGCUCAUAUGUGAUUUAGAAUGUUCAAAGUGCUGAAAAAAGCCGGAAAUUGAAGUCCAACAACUGACAAGCUGUGACAACAUAGCCAUAAUACAAUUUUAAACUCUCUUUAUUCAAUUAAAUUGCAAAAUAAAAUAUAUUUUUUGUAUGUAUUAUGAAA